AACCCAUACAUUUGGGAUAUUACAGAGAAGCUUACACGACAUACUGACCCAACUUUUGAAGGAAUGAGCUUGUUGCUGCGAUCCAGGCUGUUAGUUAGUGUUGCCAUUAACUCCUUCCCUACAACUGUAUUGAAGAACUUCGACGUCCAUGUUAUUCCUCAAAGGAUAUUUUCUUCGCUAUCCAUACCAAAGUACAAAGACAAGUUUUCCAUCGGAGCAAGAAAGAGGAAAUCAAAGAAAAAUCCAGGCGCACUGAGGAAGCCGUCUUGGAAGCAAUCAGAAGUUUUUCAGUUAGAUCCCUUGACAGGAGAGGAUGUUCCUGAUAUCCCAGACACCAUAAAACAACAUGCUGUAUCAGACACAUUGCUUGGGGUGGUUCAAGAUGUUCUUAACGGUCCUGAGCUAAACCCUAUUCUAAGCCCUGUUAUCGGGGAUUAUCAAGUGGACGUUGCACAGGUGAAAGUAGCAAGAGACAAAAACAGUGCAGUCAUAUUUUGGACAGUUCCAGAUGAAUUGAAAGGCAGUGAAGUAAAAGUGCAGAACUUCUUGACUGAAAACAGAGAUCAUAUCAGGAGGCUUCUUCCUGCCUACUCCUCCUUAGUUCGUUUUCCUCAGCUGGUUUUCAUUCAGGACAAGAAAGCAGACUAUGAAAAAGAAGUUGAAAGCCUCCUUCAAGAGGCCAAGAAUUCAUAGUAAAUUUAUGGUCACUCAAGACAUGUAAAACUAUUAUAAUUAUGUCUGUAUUAUUAGAUAGCUGAUGAGAGAUGUUCUAAGAAAUGUCCAGUACAACUGUGUUGCCAACGUUUGCUAUGCAGAAUUAAUGAAAGGAAUAUGCCUCCACUUACUGGGGAUGCUGUACAUGCAUGGCUUGUAGAGAAAUGCUGGUCUGUAGGAAAAUCCUCCACAUUAACUCAAUUAUCAUUCUGCAGCUCUUUCAGAGAAAGUGCCUUACAUUGUAACUUACUUAAUGUGUGAGUGACAUUUGAACGACACUUUUAUUCACCACUCUUUGUAUUGACUGAAAUGCAGAACAUUCUGAAAACAUGGUCACAAAAAGUGUCAAAAAAAGAAAAAGUUGAAACAAAGCAAAACUGUAGUAACAUAACCUGCGCUGAGACCAAGUUUUCACGCUCAUUCUUGUUUUUACUAACUUCAUAACAAAUAGUUUGUGUUAAUUAAAAGUACAUGUAUUACUACGCAGAACCGUAAUUUAAAAAAAUGAAUCCCAGCUGUAACCAAAUAUUAUUAAUAUUCCUUUCUAUUGCAGAAUGGCCCUUUAUAUACUGUGGAUGUGUCGUCUGUCUGUACAAAAUUGGGUGUUUGGUUACACAAAUGUCAGUAGCUAACAAAACAUUAAUUUUUAUAACUACCAAAUGAAAUAAACUUCGACAUUGUGUUGGUCUGAAACUUCAUAUUUCCUGCAACCAAAAGAAAACAGUUCCCUUAUGGAACCUAGUCCUUUACUUAUUAUUUAGGUGAAAAAAAAAAAAAAAA